GCAGUGCAUUGAUGUAUUUUUUCAUCCUUUUCAUCACAAAUAAUCGCGAAGGAAAACAAAACUCUCUUGGUUUUUUGCUUGCUCGUUCCUUGAGGAAAAUCGGAAAAAUCGAUCGGCAACUAGCGGAAACGUCAGCGGCUUAUUUGCAGAAGUAGACGUGAAGUAGGAAGCAAGGUGUUCUCGUGUGAAAGGCUAGCUUCCGACGAAGAAGUGUUUAUCGGGAUGAGACCGGAUUUCCGUUAUUGAAGGAGUACUCUGAGGAAAGUCAGAUUAUUUUUAGAGUAUUAGAAUUUUCUCCAGAGAACGUAAUUUUAUUUACAAGUUUGAUCGGAAAAAAAUGUGGUUUAAUGGUACAAAGGAAGAGUAAUCGAUUCACGCAAAAAUUAGUGCAGCAAAUAAGGAUAACUGCAAAAAUGAAUCUUUUUGCAAUUAGGGGAAUUUAUUGUCCCAUAGGAAUCGUAUAAUCAUACUGACUAGGAAUAACAACUACCGAUGACCAUCAUACUGCGGAACGGCUUCAGCGCUCCAACUCAUCAGCAUAAAACAAGAUUUUUUCUUGUAAUGAUGCGUCUCAACCUGAAGUUUCUGCUGAUCUGUCUGUGCUUCGCCGUAGUUCUGAUCACGUUCACCCUGUGGACGAAUUGCGGUGGAGAUUUGCCGUUCGCACGUGGACUGGUGCCCAAAUGGAAUCGCCGUUACGAUAGAAACAACCAGCUGGAACUGACGGAGGAGAUCGACUGCGUCGUCAAUCAGGAGUAUACGAUAGGGUGCCGACGAGAAGGAGAUGAGGUGUACCUUCCGUUCUCCUUCCUCAGCAAGUACUUUGAGGUGUACGGUUCGCUCAAUACGGUGGACGGAGCAAAGCGGUUCGAUUGGUCCCACAGCUAUGGAAAGGUUAACAAUCCGAAGGGGACCUAUGAUCCGAAAGGGAUUUUCAUGUACUUCGAAAAUUACAACGUGGAAAUGCGGGACCGGGUUAAAUGUAUUAGCGCUGUGGAGGGGGUUCCGAUUUCUACGCAAUGGGAGAGCCAGGGGUAUUUUUAUGCAACACAGAUCGCCCAAUUCGGGCUCUCACAUUACAGUAAGAAUUUAACAGAACCGGAACCAAGGCGGAAAAUUGUGGAGGACGGUGAUAAGGAGCUGGCAGAUUGGAGAGUCCCGAAAAACAGCUCUCUGAGUAGAGUGUAUGUGAAGGGUAAAGAUACGACAGUGGUGAAUUUCUCAACGGGAAAGCACUUCGACAGCGCGAUAUCACUACCGAUGGAUCACGUGCUGGAUCUGGUGUUGAGUGUAAAUCUGUUGCUCAGGCCGAAUUCAAGUUUCACGGUGACCCUACAAAAUCGUGAAACUCAAAAGCUGUACAAUGUUAUCUACAUUCUAGCGGAUUUGAUGAUCAGCGUCCAGGAUGAUAAUAUUUACUAUGGGCUUGGCUACAACAGUACAUCGAAUUGGAGGAGACUAACGCGGGAUUUGUUUGUAGACCUUCAGAAGGGUUUGCCCCAGUAUAUCACUACAGAAAAACGACGUAAGAUGCGUCGAACUGAACUGAAGGUCGUUGAGGUUUCAUUUCUUGGGAAUGGAAGUUUCGACAAUUUAACUUUGUCGACCAGCGAACAUAUCAGUCAUUUUUACGAUGCGGCCGAGUGGUUGAUCCGGCAUCAAGAUCAAAGCACUGGUGGUUGGCCUAUUCCCGUGCGGAGGAAGCUGGGUUCAGGCUUCGGGGAGCUUUCCCGUGGAUGGUAUUCGGCUAUGUCCCAAGGGCAUGCGAUUUCACUACUCGCUAGAGCGUAUUUUCACUCGAGGGGUGACAAGCGGUAUCUAAAAGCGGCGCUCGAUGGUUUGAAGUUAUUUCGGAUACCAUCCUACCAGGGAGGAGUGUUGGCGACUUUUCUUGGCAAGUACGCUUGGUACGAAGAGUAUCCCACGACUCCGCCUUCGUUUGUACUGAAUGGGUUUAUCUAUUCGUUGUUGGGGUUGUAUGAUCUCAACUCAACGGCACCAGCGAAUCAGUCACAUGAAGCUGCCGCUCUGUUAGAGCAGGGAAUGGUCUCGUUGAAAAAAAUGCUGUUACUGUUCGAUACCGGAUCGGGUACCAGCUACGAUCUAAGGCACUUCACAUUGGGUAUUGCCCCUAAUCUGGCCCGGUGGGACUAUCACGCGACCCACGUGAAUCAGCUGCUGCUGCUGGCCACUAUUGAUCCGGAUCCAAUAAUAUCACAAACUGCUGAACGAUGGAAAAACUACAUGCUCGGAAAACGGGCUCAGCACAAUUAGCGCGUUCAAUGUGUAAGUAAGCAGCAAAACAAUGGCUCUUCCUCUUCCUUCUAAUGCCUUACACACACAUACACACAUUAACAAGAAUAAACAAUACCAAUACAGAACAAAAGGACAAAAUUUGAUACAACACAAACUUUAUUUAACAUAUAAAAAAAGUUUCAUUUCUGUGGUAGGAAACUAAAAUCUUUUGAAUGUAAAGACAAAUUUCCAACAACCUUUUUCUUGUCGUGUCCUCGAUAGAAAGUAGUCAAAAUCACAUUUUUUAUCAUCACGAAAAAGGACCACAGGAGAAAUUACUAGAUUUAGUUGAUGGAGUGAGUCGUAGCUUGUAGAAUGGUACAUCUCUGCACAAACGACACACCUACAAUAUAUUAUCGGACAAACAUACUAGCGGAGUAGAUAGCCUACAGACAGGAAUAGAGUAUUAGACUAGAGAAAAAAAAAAACACACUGGAAAUGAUAGUGAUUGUGAUCGUUACUAGAAGAUAUGUAUGCACUUUUUUAAGCGGGGAAUUUGUGUAAAUAUGAACGGUUACUGUUAGGCAGUGGAUUGGAACUAGGUAUAUGAAAUGGUGGUUUAAGUCAGCUGUCAGGCAACUAAUAAAGCAUUGGUUUAGGAUGGCAUCCAUCAGCUCUUGUGUAUUGAAGGGGGAAAAAAACCACAUGGAGACUAAUUUUCUUGCCGUCGUAUGUUAAUUUGUUAAAUUAUUUUUUGUUGUAAACGUAACAACGACCAAUGCAAAGCUAUGGAAUAGUUUGUACAUUAUACGCUCAUAUCACUAUUUUUUAAGCCGGUUGUAGGAAAAAUUUGUUGAGCAAUGACUUAUUUAUUAUCUAAUUGUAUAGAUAACUUAGUGAGGUAGGUUUAAUUUAUGCUGAACAAUAUUGUUUGUUAGUUCUAUCCGAAGACUUAUUCUGCCUGCCAGGUUCGUGCAGCAAUUUGAACUGCUGAUUACAGAUAAAACAUUUGGAGAGCUUCUAAAAACAAUACAUGCAUCUUAUUCUGAGUUAAUAAUAUAAAAGGCACGCGUUGUAGUAUUAUAUGUAUUCCCUACAAAGAUGUUAUUUUAUUUCGGAAGUUCGAAGUAAUAGUGUUUAACGCUAGAGUUCGAGUGGGUCGGUAUAUGGUAACAAUUUUAUUGGAGGAUGCGUCGUCGUGUACAUUUUGAUCGCGGCCAAAGGAGAAGUUCCCAACAUUUCGAAGGAACUAGUAUAAUUAAUCAUUCCUAUGACAUACUUUCAGACAAGUUAAAUGGUUCUGUAGCUUAUUCUUGUAGUAAAUAAUAUCAACAUUUGUAAAAAGCAUCCCUUAGUUUAAUUAUCUUUUCUAUUAUUUAUAUAAAUCACUGUAGGAGAUAAGCCGAGAAGAAAUAAAAUAAAUUAUUAUAAAUAAAUUGAAUUACAUAUACUACUUUAAUAAUUGAAGAAAUCUAUUUCCGUAAUUUGUUUCAGUGUACUCUGCAUAAAUCUUGCACAUCGUACAUACUUGUAUUGGUGCUGUAUAGUGUUGAAAGAGAAGAGCAAAAAUGUAUUCAUGGAAAUUACAGUUAUGAGAAGUGUUAUGUGUGAGCGAAGUAGACUGCCCGCUAGACACAUAACAGUAACAUGAAAAAGGAGAGCGAAACAGUAAACAAUGACAACAGUUAAGAUUUUGGGUGAUACGAGGAACACGAUGUGUGAGCGAAGUAAAUUCUCCAUGGUUACUUAAACAACAAUCCAAAAGUGCCCCCUUUCUAGUUACUGUUAUGUGGCUCGCAGAGAAUCUACUUCGCUCACACAUCGUGUUCCUCGUAUCACCCAAAAUCUUAACUGUUGUCAUUGUUUACUGUUUCGCUCUCCUUUUUCAUGUUACUGUUAUGUGUCUAGCGGGCAGUCUACUUCGCUCACACAUAACACUUCUCAUAACUGUAAUUUCCAUGAAUACAUUUUUGCUCUUCUCUUUCAACACUAUACAGCACCAAUACAAGUAUGUACGAUGUGCAAGAUUUAUGCAGAGUACACUGAAACAAAUUACGGAAAUAGAUUUCUUCAAUUAUUAAAGUAGUAUAUGUAAUUCAAUUUAUUUAUAAUAAUUUAUUUUAUUUCUUCUCGGCUUAUCUCCUACAAUCACCACAUUACAUUCAAUGGACAAUGGACUAGAAAGUGAAGUAUAUUUUUCAAUAUUAAGAGCCAUAGUACUCAAGGGAGAGCAAAAAGUUGAAGGAAGAACGUUCAGAAAAGCGUGGAAGAGGGUCAUAUGAGCAAGGUUAGAGUUCACCGGCGACUUAACCCUUUGUCUGCUACCGCAGGAGUCUGGAUCUUUUGGUAUUAGAAAUGCGAAUCAUCUGAGUUUUUGCUAUUUUUGCUUUCGACAAACUUUCUGUAUCCAAAACAGCUAUAACUUUGGUAUUUGAAAAUUAACUUCAUAAAAGCUGUGUUGAACAUGAAUUUGUUCUUCGUGCCUUCCCCUUUUUAAGGUGAUACUAUCAUAAAAAUCCGUUGACCGUUUGCGUGUAUCAUCGUAGCCCUUAUAACUAGCGUUGCGCAUAUUUUAUUUGGAACGAGUUUUUAAAACCAUUUUCAAAAAAAAAACUGAUUGUGGUUGAUUUCAGCAAGGGGACUUAGAGUUGGUAUUAAUUACCACUCUGGAAGUAGCGUUGUGCACUGCACAACUUUCUACAAAAUGUCGUCUAAGCGUAGAUGAUUACGACAUUGUCGGGGGGUUAACAGGGAUUUACUGGAUAUGGUGACCUGUGAGACGCCUAUAUAGAUAUACCGAGCGCAGUUUGGGUGUCACAAGAUGGUAAACCUCGAUCGACACAAUUGGUCAUAAAUUAUUCUGUUUCCUUUUUUCAAUUUGCAGAAUUUUGUUCUCACUGUAGGAGAUGAUACAGACGCGGAACAAGUUUUAGGCAUGAAUGAUAACGCGGAGAUUACUGUCGCCGCUUUAUUGUUUCAGUCGCUGAGUUAGUGUCGGAUUCUGAUGAGACGAAACCGAAAUGCAAAUUCCGUAGCUAAUUUAUGUUCCAGUAGAGUUAUCCAAAGAUUGGCCAGACAGUUAUCUGUCACGUUUCGGAUUUGGCAAUCGAUCUACUGGAACCGGGGUAAAAUAGCGUAAUUUCACGAUACCAAGCGUAUGCUGAUAAAACUGACGAAUGCUUGCGUUCUGGGAGAUAUGCAGAUAACAUUUGUUUAUUUGUUCGUAUGUACACCAUGCUUGGUGGUUAAUUAGACUACUUCUCCUGAAGUAAUUAUAAUUGUAAUAAUAUUGAAUACGGUAUUCUGACGGUUUACACCUAGUAUCAGGGCAAGGAAAUAUGCUUUGAAUAUAAGUUACUUGAUCAGAGCAAGUACAAUUUGAGAUGCAAUGUAACAUAAGUUUAGUUUAGCCUUAUUAUUGCACGUUUAUUGCAUGUAGCCAGGAAGGGACUUUUCAUACGCCUGUUUCACGAGAAAACUGCCACAAGAGGCCUCUCAACUCUCUACUUAGCGAAUUUAUUUUCCUGUUCACAUUCGGUUCGUAGUAAAACGAUCGCAUAUCUCUGGUAUUAAACCCUUAAAUACAUACUGUUGCCAUUCGGCAACAUACCGGAUUCCGUGAUAUAAAGCCUUAACAAGAGGUAUAAGUUGUCUGGAUCUAAGCACCAGGUCUGGGUCUGGUUCAGGUCCGGACUUGGUAAGGGGAAAAGGGGAUGGGCUGGAUCCGGGUACUGGUCCGGAUCCGGGUACUGGUCCAGAUCCGGGAGCUGGUUCGGAUCUGGGCACGUGUCUGGAUCCGGGAGGUCUGGAUUUGGGGACUGGUCCGGAUCUGGCAGCUAGGCCGGAUCCGGAAACCGCUUAAACUUUUUAUUCUACUAUCCAACCUACCCAGUAAAAAAUCCGUAAUUCUGGCUGAUUUCUGCCAAUACUAGGGCAGAUUCCAGCCUGAAUUUGGUCAGAGAUCCGCCAGGAUUCCGGUUGGUUUGACUCGGUACUAAUACUAUCAUAGCAAUCGACCGAAUUAUCCUACAUCCGAACAGAGCCGAGGUUGACACAUACUGAAAAAGUGUUUGAUUGUGUGAUGCGCAUACAUGAACAGCAACCGAAAUUCGUCAUUCCACCGUUUACUACCUUUGCGGGAAUAUGAGUUUAAUACCGCAAUGCGCAAUUGCGUGGUCUGUUACCGAAAACACAAUAUAAUCUUACCCAAAAGUAAUAGAAACAUACCCGUCGGAUUUUGGGUGUAGAGAUUUGGCUGAAAUGUCUCUUGUUGUCGCGAAGGGGUUCUUGUUUUUGAUAUUGACGUGGUUAAAAUUGAGAAGAAUUCAAUAUCAAUUUUUCAAAAGGGCUAAUGAGAUUUUAUAAACAAACUUAUUUCGCUCAUUACUCCGCUGUCGAGUCGAAUUUCAUGAAAGAUACAUAUGAAUCAAAAUCUUUACCCUUGGUAGAAUCAAUUUCAAAUGUCUUCUGGGUUGAAAAUAGAACAAAUUAAGCGAAAUCAGCAAAACAAAAGUUUGUUUACAAAUCUUAUUAGCCCUAUUCUAAUGUUGAUAUGGAAUUAUCACUCGACCGAGAUGCUGUGGUCACGUCUUCCUUCGGAAGGGAAGUAAUACCAUUGGUCCCCGGUCCAUAAGCUGAUUGGUCGGUAUCUAGUCCAGAUUGCGGAGUCACCUCUCUGGUGUCGGUCUUUGGCUUCGUAGCGGAAAUAGGCUAAUUGGAAAAUAACUAGAACAUGAAGAAGAAUCGCACCUCUAUACUGCCGCUCUACGCAUAAUUGUCCCAUAGUUAUUUAUUUAUCAUCGGACAAUAAUUUGGGUAGGAAAAAGUCCGUUUGAGUUGGCCUCCUCCUACUCAAACGCCACGCCAGUGGCGUAUAAACCACUAUGUUUCUGUAGGGUCAAAUGUAAGAUGUACAAAAUCAAGUCAAAUUACAUGUCAGGUUGCAUAUUGCUAAUACACAUAAUAAUCACAGUCAGCUAUUCUGCUUGCAAAUAUUUUCGAGGAGUCACCAAACCCAAAAGCACUGUCUGCAUGAGAAAAGGUCCGAAUCAUUGAAGACAGUGGCUCGUGGAAUCUCGGCAAUAAUAUUGAUGUAUCUCGUGUUCUUCUCGCUACUUGGAAAUUUAAACGGGAGAGUGAUUCGGGCUUAUCACAUUCUCCGUUUAAAAUUUUCACCACAGAUACUACGAUGACAUGAUGAAGCACGAAACAAUGGCGAAUUUUGCGGAUCAUGCCCAGGCAAGUUCCAAAGAAUCGAGAUGGACCGAACACGUUCUUAUUCGAAUGACAGCGCAAAAAAAAGUUCCUAAGAGCUAAGCGUAUGAACCUUUUCUGUACUCUUUCCAAUUUUAAACAUCAAUACUCAAGGAUUUGUCUGUAUAGAGAUUUUAGAUAGUACGGAUUUAUAAAAUCCAGUGAAAUGAACUCAAACUGCCGAUUUGCUUUCGCAAUUAUGUUGGUUAUAUGAGAAUUCAAGGACAGUUUGUGGUCAAGAAUUACACCCAGAUCCUAGAUUUCAUUGAGUUUCUGUAGCGUAACCCCAUCGAUGCUCUAAUCGAAGAUAAACAAAUCCUCACAAAGCCGAUUCCAUAGUGCUUGCAGCCGGCGGCAGUCCUCGACUGACUGAAUGACUAAGUACAGCUUAAGAUCGUCGGCAAAUAUGAGCUUGCACCUGGAACACCACAUCAUUAAAAAAAGCAGUGGGCCCAGAUUGCUGCCCUGCGGUACUCCCGAUCUAUUGAAAAUGGAGCCGAUGCAGAAGAGCCCAAUUUCACACAAAGCGUUCUGUGCGUAAGCUGAUAUAACCUGACGUAAUUUCGGAUGAAACCAAGAAGGUACUUGAAUCAGUGAUCUUUUGGAACAGUUAUUAAUCGGUUCCCUGAUCAUACGCUGUACAGGGAGCAAAGACGCAAGCAAAAUGAUUGGCAAACAAUUCACAAGCUAUUGCAGUGAAAUACGCUGCCUUUUCAUCGAGGUAAACAUCGGAAGGAAUGCAGGAAUUUCCUUUUAGAAUUUACAAAGUAAGCCUACAUGAACUCGUUGUACGUACGACCAAUACAGGACAGCGUUGAGAUUCUGGUAUGCGCCACUGGCAACGUGAAAGUCGAGACUCGUGGCCGGCGAUCGCUUGCGGCGAAGUUUGCGUUGGCAUGCAUUUCGUUUUCGGCGAAGGGCUCGCAGCAUCGACGUACUCCACGCCGGCUAAACAAGCUGUCGUUUUACUAUCAAAUUAUUCUAUAACUAGUCCUGAAUUAUUCUGCAGAAGUUUAUAGUCAUUGCAUCCGCAUUGGUGUUUCCUAGGUGUGUAGACCAUUCCAGAUGGAGCCAAUAGUCGCACAAGUCGGAAACAUUAAUCCUGUGAUAAAACAGCGUUAGCACUGGAUUAGCUCGAAGCUACCGGCAUUAUCGGGCAUCUAGGGGAUUGUGUCAUGACAACUAACGGUAGGUGGUGUGUGUCGACGGGUAGAAGGGAUGAUACUGACUUCACGACCGGUCUGCCAAGCAGAAAACUAGGUCAAGGACUCGUCCGAUCUGAUUGGCAUGUGUAUUAAACUGGGUAAGAUUUAAAAAAAUCCAUUUCCUCUAUUCAGCCGUUACUGGUCGGCGGUAACAGGGCAGCAUUUGCAACUCGAAUGACGUCAUGCGACAACCAAAUCAAGCGUGGUUGAUUGUAAUCUCCACAAACCAAGACGGUGUCCGCAGUUGAUUCCUAGUCGCAAAGCUCACGUUAUGCUAUAUGUAUUCAAUCAUACAGACAUCUCUAUUGCACAAAGAAAAAAACUUGCGUCCAUUGAUGGAUGCUGAGAUGCAAACUUGUUACAAAUUAAAACCGUGGCUAAUGCUCACACGUGAACUAGCUUUUUGGUAUGUAAUAGCGAGCAGAACACCUCCGAAGUUUUUGUUACUGUCGCAACGGAAUACACCAGUGGUUCCUAACCUUUUUCGUCCUGUGGACCCCUUCCCCAAGCAACCAGAAGUUCGGAUAAUCCUUAAAAAGCACCCUUUGAAGUCCACAUAAAGUUCUUAGCGAACUUUCCAGCUGCUUAAGCUUUACUGGAACUUGAAAGCUGCUUAGGCCGCUAUUAGAACACAAAACGUAUUGCCAAAUUACUUAAAACGAGAAGCUUGUCCAGCUCUCUUAUAUGAACUUUUGGUUGCUUGGGUCGUAAGUACUCAGGGUUGUUGCGGACAUCCAUUUUGUGUACUAUCCAAAUAUUAUGUUCAGUCUGUUACAAAAGGUCAUUCCGAGUUAAAUAAUUAAACCACUGUUAACUACUUCGCGGCCCCCUGGGGUUCCGUGGACCAUAGGUUGAGAACCACUGGAAUACACUAUAGAAACUGGCGAAAAUUUGGAGAGGCUCGAUCCGAUCAUCUAGACCAAUUUCUGUCCCAAUAAUAAUAAAAUCGAAGUUACAAUCAUGUACAGCAAGUAAAGCAGCAUCAAUUUUGGUUCACAGACCACGUAUAUUCUGAUAAUAGAGCCUGAUAACGUUAAGGUUGUCAUGUGAAACAAAGUGUGGGUUGUGUCAAACCUGGCGUCGGGAAGACAUAUACGCUCUUUAUUUUUACCUGGCGAACCAGGGUUGGCACUAGUUUCCAAAUUAUUUCCCGAGACUAUAGUUGGCGACCCAAUUAGUUUGGCGAGUGUGAAACGUCUGUAAUUGUGAUGUUCCUGAGCUCAUUGUGAUUGCAGUAUCAAUCCUAGCUUCGUGAUAGACAUAUACUCAAUUUUUACCUGGCGAACCCGGGUCGGCGCUGGUUUCCUUUCCGAACAACUGCUACAAGUAAUCAAUCCUCGCUCAAUCUAUCUAGCUAGGCGGCCUAAAUAAAGUGUGGGCAAUCCAAACUCCACGCGGCGUGCCUCACGUUCGUUUUCUCGGUGGCAGACUGUGCAGUUGCAUUCAUUUGAACACAGUCAACACACUUUGCGCAGUCCUUGGCUUUGUGUCUCCCGCAUAUUUUGGACAAUAUGCUGCCUUGGAGCAGGCAUGUAUUUCGUGGCCAUAUUUAGAGUAAUCGAAAAAAUCAACACUUUUUCGAUCUUUCGCACAGUUUUAGACUUCGGAUGUGGCAUUUUAUUUUCACAUUCAGUAAAAAUCGGUCGGUCACGCUACAUUCUGCAGAACAUUGAGCUCGUUAUCACGGACAACUCGGCGUCAACAUUUCAUAAGGCGUCAAAUACAAGAGAGAGAGAGAAAAUGGUGUCCUCGUACUUUAUAUUCCCAUUUAUGAACUGGAGCUCAAUAUAAGGACCAUACAACGUAAUGCCGUGUUAAUCAUUUUUCCCGAAUAAUAUACCAGACUUAUUAAAAAAUGUAUUUUGAACGUUUUUUCAGAUAAAUGUUUUGGUCCCUUUUGAAACAUCGCACAGAGGAGUAACUAGAACAAAUUCUUGGCCAAUAACCAAAAAAAAUUUUUUUCGAUUUUUUAUUUUGUUAUAUUUUUUUAGAUACCUAAAAGCGUACUGUAUAUUGUAGCAAAAUAAAGAGUUUGCCAAAAAUUGCUAAAGAUUUUUUGCAUGGAUGCAAAAUGUCGAUAUUUUAAGGGGUUUUUAAUCAUUUUUUAUUAUAUAUUCAGCAAAAUCGCUUUCUAAUGAUGAUGACUGUAUUAAAUAAGACAAUAUUAUAACAAACGUAAUUGAACACAACUAUUUGUGUAAUUUCAGCUUAAAAAUAACCGAAAAUAGUAGUGUUUCUGUGAAUUGGACCAGCUUUAGAAACACCCUUUUUAAACUUUUUAUUCCAAAUUUGAAUGAUAAAGAAGUUACAUUAUACGGCAAGAUCCGGCAAAGUUGCUGAAACAACAUUACAAAACAAGAUUCCGGCUAUCUGAAAAACAUUCAAUCUUUUCCGAUUUUUUCCGAUCCACAAAUUCCAAGUGAUUUGAAAAUAUUCACAAAGAUGACCUCGAAAAUACUAGUAUUCGGGAGAAUCUAGAAGAAUGACCUCUGCACUGGUAGGUGGAUAGAUGCCAAAUUGUCCCAAAAACUAGUUAUUUACUAUUUUUAGUUCAUAUUAAGGCAUAAUAACAGCAAUAGCCGCAAUAAAUAGUUUUGGCCAGGAUUCGACCCCAGUUACUCCUCUGUGCAUCGCACUGGUUUUGUGCCCUUUAUCUAUUCUAUUUCAUUCUAUUCUAACCCUUACACAGCCAGUAUUGAAAAGCAUCCUGGAAAACACUGCAGUUAUACUUUAGUGUUUUUCUUGUCUACAAUAAUAUUUGAAGCAUAUUAUAAUAUGUCGCAAAUAUUAAAACGGCCAGGCUUACUGUGCAGAGUUGGGUUUGAAGAUGUUUCAAUAUUAUCCGGCAAUUGAAUUAUUCAUGUAAUGAACAAUUUAACCAACGCAUCGUUUUGAAACUUGAAUGCGGAUGAAACGAGGACAACCGUACCGACCGUUUCAGAUUAGAUGGGGUUGGGUUAAAUCGUUGGGAGUGACUUGGCUAAGAAAAUUCAGAUGAUGCAAGAAAUGAAGUAUCCCAUCAUCUCCCAUGACAUGGAAGCAGGAAUUCAUUGCAUCAGCGGAUUGCAGCCGUCCGAUAUUUUACAUCAUUUAAGCUGACGUUAUUAAGCCAUUAGUGAAGUUUUUAAAUAAAUAAAAACACAGUAAAACUCAAUUGACCAUCAAAGAAAUAUACAAAAUGGAACAUAAAAUAUAACCGGAACAGGCUCACCGGAAACAGACUUGGGGUCCAAAACUAUUCAAACCAGGCGGCUUCAUACUCUUCUUCACUCCUAUAUCCUGAUAUCUUGCUUGGGCCUUCCUUUUAUGUUGCGGAACGCCUGUCGUAUUGGAUCGCUUGCCUCUUCAGCUCUUCCGGAAAGUCCCUCCACUUCUUUCGAGAAUAAACAGCCAAUCACUACCGAUAUUAAAAUCUCAAAACCGGUGUUACUAAGAAAAAACUAUCAAAAUCGUAGAAAAUAUCGCGAGAAAAAUUGUCGACAGAAAAAAUGAACUGUCUCGAAUCAGAUCUCGCCUACUAAUCAUCAUCGCACUGGUUUUGUGCCCUCUCCCAUAAACCCUCACUUUUCUUGAUAGUUCACUAGUACUGUUUACAUGGACUUAGAAAAAUUUGUGGACGACUAGAUUCGCUCGAAGCAAAUCGUAAAGAAUAAUUUAAUUAUUUUUCUAAGUCCAUGUAAACAGUACAAGCGAACUGUCAAAAAUGACCAUUGAGUUCAUUUGUGACGUCAGUGUAAAGUAUUCAAUAGUCUUUUUCACAAAGGGGGGGGGGGUGUUAAAGGGUUUCAGAGUGAAAAAAAACAAAAAAAAAAUUGCGUGAAGCAACUUUAUCAAAACUUAUGUACUUUAUAGUGUAUCAUUUCAACAUGCUGUAAUUUUUCUUUGCAAAAAUAUCGACAAACGACUCGGUGACGAAGCUUUUUGCAGAACGUCUGUGGAAAAACACGAUUUGCGGUGUUCCAUUCAAAAACAAAAUUUGAAAGAAAUCGGUUAAGUAUUCUUUCAAACUUUGCAUACACAUUCUAUGUAAAAAAUACCUAACCCCUACGUUGAGUUUUUGAGACCAAUUUUCAUUUAAGGGGUUUUUUACUUUAGUUCAGACAACAUUCGGGGGAGCAUGGGAUAUUUCGGCCUCACAAAUACCAGCUAUAGUGGCCCCCACCCAUCAUACACGCACAACAUCGCUCAACACUUGCAUUUACUCGCUAAUAUCAACGCAUCUCUUCUGCGCGUCACUAUGGCUGAGUUGUUGUUUGUGACACUCCGAACACACGUACUUUAAAGUUACGUUGUCAUGCAUAGCAUUGGCCGCGGAAAUGUCAUAAUUGGAAUAUUUUAAUGUGCAGAAUUUGCAUGUAUUCACCAAAAUAAUAAACCCAAUCAGAGUCGGUAAAAAUCUGCUACGAACACACAUUACAUAGCGCGGACGACAUGGUCUUCUGUGUUUGAGCCCGGAUAAAAGUAAAAAUUAACGAUCUAUUCCAAAGUCCUUCUAAACAAAAUCUCGACAAACAUAUGAUUACGGCCUAAAAUCCAACUGUCAAAAUUCACUUUGAGUGGAAAUUCCGGACAAACCGUUGCUCGCCAAUCCCAAAUGUUGGUAGUAAAUAAAAGAGAAAAAUUUUCUGUUUCAUUAACUGCUGUGAAUUAUGUUUGGCCAUUAACCGUUUGUCCGUAAUUUCCUUUCAAAGAGAAUUUGGCAGUUGGCUUUUCGGUCGUAAUCAUAUGUUUGUCGAGAAAUCUCAGAAUGCGUCAAAACUGUUAGUGGUAGUGAACAGAGACAGUCUAUAAAACGUGGUAUUGAUGACGUAGACAUUACCAUUCGCCGUAGAAACUGUUACAUAUACGAGCACAGAGGCAUGUUCGCAUGCUAACACCUUCCUAUAUAAGCACUUUGGGUUUAUUCAAAUCUAAUUGGGAUAUCACCACCUUUGUGCGCUACUGAGUUUGAUCGAAUUGAUAGUUGAUCUACACGGACAAAUAAAACAACCCGCAGAAUAAGUUCAUUUAACUUAAAUUUAGGUAGUUUUGAGUCUUGCGUCGCUCUCGCAAUUAUUAGUGUUGUCAAAAACAAAGAGAGAGAUUCGACUCAGUCGAGGCCUUCCAUAGAAUAAGGUACUUUUGAGUUGUUUCAGGUAUACCCAAAAUUAGGUAGAUUCAACUUAAAUUUAGGCAUAUCUAACUCAAUGUUGAGUAUAAAAAACCUGUCAAUGAGUUGUGGUUUUGGUCAUGGUUAAAGGGAAACUACCUUCAACAUGGUUUACCCAAUUUUACCUUAUUCCACGAUAGCCCGAGAUUGAGUCAAAAGAGCUCAACUUUUGGUAGUUUUUCGUAUCCGUGUACAUAGAGAUUUCAAAAUGUCCGACACAGCUAUACCUCUAGUUAGAAUAUGCUGGUAAGGAGUGUUUCACCGGGUAUUCGUUCAAAUGCUCACACAAGUAUUACACACAAAGGUAGAUUUGACAAGAAUAAUUGAGUAAAUUUCUUUAACCAUAAAAGCACAUCUCGAAAUAAUCGUAGUAAUUAAUACGUUAUGUGAAACGAUUUUCGCAAUUAAAAAAGAUGACAUCCUUUUUUUAUUAUGGUGGAAUAUUUUUCAAAAUCACUCGUCCGUGUCAUCAAAAUGUUAUGUAACACGACUUAAAAAAUCUAAGACUGUAUUAUACUACUCAUUUUUUAUACAUGGCUCUAAGAAAAUACCUAAAUUGAAAUUUCCUGUUCCUAAACCACACCCACUCAAAGCGUAUGGCGCAGUUUUUUUUCUAUAACACGCUAGAACUGUUACCCAUCCGUGGUAGCGUAUUUUAUAAAGACAAUAACAAUGUUGUAAAAAAUGAAUACAGAUUAGAACAUAAAAUGUGUCGAAAAAGCCCCAUUUCCACUAGUGAAAAAAUAAAUAAAACCACAUAUGCGAAAGCUAGCUGAAUAUUAUGUAGUUUUCCUAUAGUUUCGUUAACUUUAAAGCUGAAUAUGAAAUUCACGAAGCAGCUCCACUAGAUAUAUCUAAAUGAACGUGGUGUACACGUUAGCGAUCGAAUUUUAAUUGAACACGCAGCAAACAGGCAAAUUACAUAUUCACCCAACCACACAGGUAUAACAAAUCUAUGUAAUCGAUGACUACAGCAUGUAGUGUAUAAAAUUACUAACAAGUUAGUAAUACAAUUUUCAAUUGAAAAUUAUGAAUUUCUUAUAAAAUCGCUGAUUGACAAAACUGAAAAGUAGAAAAGGGCGCAAGUUAUACCAGUUCCUCGAAAAACAAGCAUUCAUACUGUUUUCUACCGUCGAUGAACCAUUUUCCACAAUUGAUUUUUCACAUGUUUACAGGACAUCUACUAAAGAAAAGCAAACCACCUCGAUUCCAAUACUGAAAAAUCAAAUUAGUUUUUAUUCCAAUUUUUUUAACUGAAACUCAGAAAUGCACGUUUUAGAGUAUGUAGUCAAUUGGAUUAAACUAGUGUCUGGCACAUAUUUUGUAACAACAAAUCCAUAGGCAAAUAAGUUUCGAAAUAGUUAUUCGAGAACAAAACUCCGACACAUACGCACUCACACAAUUAUAUUACGUGAAAAUACGUAAUUUUAUCACAUUGUAUAACAGAUAUGUACGAAACAGAUUGUACUUUAAAUUCAUACACUGCGGUGAAUCCAAAUGUUCAAAGCCACUACCAAAACCGAACGCAUGUCAAUACAAAAAAAACACAGAAAAUAACACAAAUUAAUUGUGAUUGAUUACUGAA